AUGUUUCAACAAAAACAACAAUUUAAGGCAAUUUCACUUGAAUUGCUUGUUGAUAUAUUUAAAUCAGUUUGUGGAUAUCCAAAUAUAAUUAUAAAAGAGGAGGUUGAAGAGAUAAAAGAAGGAAUGAAUAUUUCGAAAAUAAAACAAAAAUGUUUUGUUUUUCGAAUUAAAUUUGUUAAAAAUAUAUUAAUUUCCUCUUCUAUUAUCAAUGUAUUUUGUAGAGAAGUUCUUCAUAAAAAGCUAAAGUUAUUUAAAUACACAACAAAAAUGGAUCAAAAUAAGAAGGAUUUGAAGCAACAUAAAAUUAAUCUAGAACUCCUACAAGUCCAAGAAGAAGAGAUAAAUAAUGAGCAACAGCGACUUGAAGAAGAACAUCAGCAGCAGCUAAUUGACUUUAACACUAAAAGAGAACAACUUGGUCAACAAAAACAAAAAAUUGCCAUGCAAAAACUUGAAGAAGAAGGAAUAAUCCGUGAAUUAGAAAGUCAGGAAAAAGAAAAGGAGUCUGGAGGCACUUCAAGUUCUCACAACAUGGUUGAUCCAUCAGUAGAACCCACUGACACUAGUGUUCACAAUCAAGACGAUUCUUUGUUUCAAUCGACAUCAACUGUUCUUUUUUCGUCUUAUCAACAGCCUCUUUCUGGUUUCUCAAACAUGGGACAAAUUAAUCAAGUUGCAUAUUCCAAUCCACCAAUUGUUCCAAAUUUAAUUCAACAUAAAAGCUUUGCUGGAGGAAAAAUGAGACCAACUAAGCCAGUUAAACAACAUCAACACCCUGGUAAUCCACAACAAAUUACUUGCCCACAUCGUGGUUGUGGUAGUGUCUUCAAAAAAGAAGCAGACCUAAAUCGACAUUUAGCUUGGCAUAAAAAAUGA